CCUGCAAAGUUUCUUUGGUACACAAGGCCUCCUGCCUUGUUGAUGACCUACGAAGACGACGUUCCAGCAGCCAUUCGCCAGUAGAGAGGGAACACGUACCCAGAGCCCGAAGAUGGCCAUGAUGGUGAGACGCCAAGGUCAUGAGCGUGAGUACGUUAUUUGAUUCCUCUCUCUCAGCGCCAUGAAGGCCGUCCACCUCCUGGCGCCUUCAGUAUGGUUGCUGCUUCUCCUUUUGUCGCCGUUGCCGUCGUUCCAGGCUUCUACAUUGGGUGAGCGGACCUUGACGGAGCUCUCUACUGACGACAUAUCGAUAUUGGUCUCUACCCCCGACCCUCUCGAAAACCUGAACCCCUCGAAUCCUUCCUCACAUUUAUCCAAGAUCUUGAUCCCUCGUGCACCGGAUACAGAAAACAACACUUUGGUCAGAAACUACAUAAAGACCACGCUCGAGGCCCUCAAUUGGCACGUCGAGGAGGAUGAAUUCACUGGACAGACACCCGUCGGGGAGAAAAGGUUCACGAAUCUCAUUGCGACAAAGGACCCAGCAGCUCCGCGGCGGGUUAUUCUGUCGGCGCACUUUGACAGCAAAUACUUUCCAUCAUACCCUGCGAACCAGUUUGUAGGAGCAACUGAUUCUGCUGCCCCAUGCGCGAUGAUGCUCGACCUUGCUGGGGCAUUGAACCCGCUCCUGGAUAGUCGACAAAAGAGGGUGGAAGAAGGCACCGAAGACGAUGAAGAUGUUGCUGAUAUUACUCUGCAACUCGUGUUCUUCGAUGGGGAAGAGGCCUUUGUAUCCUGGACAAACACUGAUUCAAUUUAUGGUGCGAGACAUCUAGCGGAGAAAUGGGAGACGACAUAUAUCCUGCCUCACUCGAAACGGCGUCUUCUUGGUCCACAAGUGACUGAGAUGCAUGGCAUAGAACACCUGAUUUUACUCGACCUACUUGGUGCAUCCCAGCCCACAAUAAGAUCCUACUUUACAGAGACAGGGUGGCUCUUCGAUGCAAUGGCAUCUUCAGAGCAGAGAUUGGGUGAUCAUGGUUUCUUCCAGUACGAUGAUUAUACCGGCAUGGCUCCUGGACAUUGGGCAUCAUAUUUUACGCCGAGAACUGGGGAUGAAAGGAAUUUGGGGAACAUGGGAGACGACCAUGUUCCUUUUUUGCAUCGAGGUAUCAGCAUUCUGCAUGUAAUUGCAGAGCCAUUUCCUCGUGUCUGGCACACUUUGCGGGACGAUGCAUCGGCGCUGGACUUGCCAACAAUGCGUCGGUGGAAUCUCAUACUACGUGUCUUCAUGUCUGAAUAUCUGAACCUUCGGCCCGAAGAUUUGCGAAGUAGGGAACGAAGCCAUGUAUCACGUUCGGAUUCCGAACUGUAGAUAUUGUGACCAGAUCAAGACACAUUAUUGAGCAUGGUAGAGAGAUAAUACAGUGUUGCAAUCCAGAAGAAGCAGAGCAAAAGUAAGCACAGCCCGUCGAGCCAGAAGCGUCAGCAGGUAGAAAGGAUCCUCAGCCACGAAGGAGAUCCUUGUAGUGUUUGAUAAGCUUUGAAGCAUCAGUCGCGAG